UCAACAGCUGUUCGACCAUUACCUCAACCUCAAAGCACGGUUUUGAAUAAGUUAAAGUAUUACACGUGUUUGAGUAACUUAUUGGGAAUUAUUAUUAUAACUUUUUAACAUUUAUUUCAACGAUGGAGGUAGACGGAGGUGUCAAAGCUCCUGUCACUCGUUUACGGAGAAGAAUGUCCAUAGAACAGUCUGAAGAGAGCAAGUCACCUGCUCUUAGCACUCCAACCAAGAAAAGAGGAAGAAGAGCUGCUAAACCUGACUUAGACUUCAUUGAUGAAAAUAAUCCAGACAACAACACUACAAAAACAACCACUAAAAAGGCACCAGUAAAAGAAAUUAUUGACUCCAUUGAAGAAAAACCUACCACACCAUCAAGACGUAGUACAAGAAUUAAAUCAAAUACAAGUAUUGUAUCUGAUAUUACUUCAGGCAUUGAUUCUCCAAGGGCCAAAAGAGCUACUAGAAGAACUUCACAAAUUGGAAGUGAUACUGAAGCACCACCCACACCAGUUCGACAAACUCGAAGAACAAGAAAAGACUCUAUUUCCAGCAUAGAAAAAGUUGAAAUCCAACCCAGCACUAAACCAACAAUACAAAUAACUGAAAUGAUUCUAGAAGAACCUGAAAGUAAUUCAAGCAAGUCGACAAGUAAUACUGAUUUAAAUGAAAAAAAUACCUCUACAGGCAAUUUGCGUAAAAGUCCACGUCUUAAAGAGAAAAUUAAGCAAAAUACUUCUAUUAAUGAAGAAAAGAUUACUCAAGAUGGCAAUGAUGAACCAACUGAUCAAUUGAAACUGAACUCAUCAUUAAAUAAAUCUUUAGAAGCUUCAAAUCCUAAGGAAAAUGAAAAUAAAGAUGAAGAAACUGCUGAUAUCAAAGUUCCUCAGAAAAAUAGGCAUUCCUUACUGACUUCUAAUUUAUUAAAAAACUUAAGCACAGAAGAAAAGACAAAUAAUUUACAUCUUAAUAAAAGCACAUCUGCUUUAGAAAUCAAACAUAAUAGUAAAAAAAGAAACAGAACUAAGUCGUGGACUACUGAAACUGUUUCAAAUGAAAAUAACUUUUACAGUGACAAUGAAGGCUUAAGAAAAAAAAAUAAUGAUGAUAUUGAAAUUCCCUUUAUCAAAAUAAAUAAAUUGAAUUCAGGUGAUGGUAUAAAUACAAGCAUACAUAAAGACAAAGUUAACAAAUCAAAGAGUAAAGAAAACAGUAAUAGUUUUGUAGAAGGAGAUAUUAAUAUGGAUACAUCAAUGACAAAUGUAGGUAAUAAAAGUAUGGAUAAAAAGAGUGAUAAAAAUUGUGGAACAUUGAUAUUCAAUCAAAGCAAUAAUGAAAAGAAUAAUUUGAAUGUUACAAACAAACUAUUUGAAACAGAACCUAGUUGUGACAUACAGACUGUUGUAUAUAUUGAUGAAGAUUCUGACACAAAUUCUGGAAAAGUUGGUAUACAAAAUAGACAUGACCAUGAAGAUCAAUGUGUUCCUGUAAUACAACAUUCUGAACAAUUAGAAAAGGAUAUUUCUCAAUUCUCUGUGAUGUCUCAGAAAAAUGAUUCAAUUAAAACAAAUUUAUCUGAAAAUGAUAAUAUUAUGAAUGAUAGCUGUGAACCCAUGGACAUUGAUGAAACAAUACCUGAAAGUUCAUUGAUACCUGAAAUAAAAACUGACAAUAUAUUUUCAAGUUCACCUUGUGUUCUAUUAGACAAAAGUGAAACUAAAGAAAAACAACUUAACAAAUCUAAAAGAAAAUCAUCCAUAUCAAUGAAUCUUAAUAAAAGUGAAAACGAAAAUAAAAGUACACUAAUAUUAUCACAACUUAAAGACAGUUCUUCGGGCGAUAUUAACAAUGUUACAAAAUCACCCCAAAUUAAACAAAGUAUAGUAUCAAAAACAACGGACGAUUUAAACGCUACCCAGGAAAAUGAUAUUAAUAAGAAAAAUCUUUCACUUAAUUAUGUAACAACAAGCACACCUUUACAACAGAAAAAUUUGCAAAAAUUGGAUAAUAUUAACACUUCCAUAAUAAAGUCUAAUAAUGAUACAAAUAAUAUAAAAAAUAAAAUAAAAAAAUCAUCGAAAAAUAACAAAACAUCUGAUGUGGACAAUGAAAGUUCAUCUGCAGAAGAAACAAGUCAAAAGAAUAUCAAUGAAAUUUCCAAGAAUAAAUCAAAUUUAAAUAAUUCCUUAAAUAAAACAAAAACUAAUGAAGAUGACCAAAUAAGUAAAAAUGAAAAAGAAAAAAAUACUAGUAAUGAUUCAAAUGAUUCAAAAGGAAACAAUGAAUCGCUCAAUAAUAAAAGUAAAAAACCAGCAAGCAAUAGUGCCAACUCUUCUAAAAAAUCUGUAAAUAAAUCUUUUACAUCCACUGACUCAGAUGAAGAAAUGGCAUCAAAUGAAGAAUCACAAGAAUCUGUUAAUCUGAUAGAUGACGAAGCUGAAGACGCGGGUGAGUCCUACGAAUCGGGUGACAGUCAAGAUGAAACUGAACGCCGAUAUUUAAGAGAGAAUGAGAUACUAGAAAAAGGAGAAACACUGACAUCCGAUGAUGACUUAUCUGAUGAUUCUGACUACGAAAAAGACUCUUUCGUCGUUAGUUCAGCUGAAGAAGAUAAUGAAUUACUAAAUGGUACAGAAGAUGACCUAUCUAUGAGUGACAACGAACUUAAAAUGACUACAAAGUCAAAGAAAAAAUAUGAUGAACGCAAAAAGAAGGAACAGAAAAAUGCCUCAAGAGAAAUGUAUGAGUCACGACAUCAAUUAAAUAUUUCAAAUAAAAGCUCUAAUUCUAAAAUAGGAAAUUCAAAAAGACGUAAACAACAACAAAUAAGUUCUUCAGAAUCUGAAGACGAAAAUGAAAUGAAUUCAAAGAAAAAAAAUCACAGAAUGAGAUUAGAUUCCAGUCAUGAAGUGAGUUUGCAGGAAGAUGAAAAUGAGAAAAAUAUUUCGGAUAAAAAAAGAAAACGCCUAUCUGAAAGUUUUGACGAAAAUGUUAUAAAUGAAAAGGAAAUAACAAUAUGUAAUGAGAGCUUAAAAGAAAUUGAUCCAUUAAGUACUCAAGUAAAAGAGGAACAAAAAACGCCACAGAAAGCUGAUUCUUCAAUAGCAUUUAUUACUGAAAAUGAUCCUAAUAUGGAAAGUGAAUUGACAAAAACACAAACAGAAAUUGUAGAUCCAUUAGAAGACUCUAUGGCUGAAGAAGAUUCUCUCAGCAGUGACAAUGAAAAUAUAAUGCAAAAUUAUGAUUCUAUUCUUGAAGGCUUAAAUAAAACCAGUAAGAUAAAAUCUAAGAAAUGUGAUAUUUCACUAAAUGUUAAUAAGAAAAAAGAGCAGAAAAAAAAUACUGCUAUAAUUGAUGAACUAAAUUUAACUCAGGUUAAAUCUGCUAAAAAAAAUAAAAAUAAUAAACAUAAGAAAGAAAUUAAUAAUACUUCUACAGAUAAUAAAAUGGCAAAACCAGAUAUAGACCGCAACUCAUCUCCUGAUUCUAUUGAUUUACAUUUAUUGAUUUCUGAAGAUAGCAACAGCAGUGAUAAUAUACAGAAUAAUAAAAAUACUUCUAACACAGAAGACUUCAUUCCCUUGAAAAGAAGUGAAGGAAAAACCAACAUAAGGGAAAAUACAGACAACAUGAAUGAGAACAAUGAAAGCUUCUUUAUUGAUACAGAGGGCACAACUACACAAUGCAACAAUUCUUUAAAUAAAUCCAGCUCAAAGAAAAACAAGAAAAAAAUAUCUCUUGUAAACAAUGAUAACCUGGAUUUAGACUAUGAUGAAAUAAUAGAUAAAAAAGAUGUAAGCAUGGCGACAAAUAAAACAGAAACUAAUGAAAAUUCGGACUCCGAUGGCCCUAUGGAUGUGCCAUUUAAAAAAGAAAAACGAAACUCUAAAAUACAGGAAAACAUUGAUGAAGUUGGGAAGGCUGAAACAGAUUUUGCAAAAGAUCCUUGUAAUACAUCAGUUACGAAAACUCCAAAUAGUGACAAAAAGAAGAAAAAAAAGAUGACAGAAUCACUAAACAUAAAACCAACAGAAAAUGAGAGCAACUUAAAUAUUUCAUUAAGCAAAACAAAAAAGAAAAAGUCUACUGAUGUGAUAAUUGAAGAUUCAAGCGAAAAAGAUAAGCCUGAACAAGUAUUUGAUGAAUCAAUGACUAAAACUCCUGGUAGUAAAAAGAAAAAACACACGUCACAGUCCAUAAUACAAGAACAAGAUGAGGAAGGUGUUCCUAUGGAUAAGUCCUUCGGUACACCAUCAAGCAUUUCAAAGAAAAAGAAACAGCUCUUAUUCUCUCCUGAAAAUAAUCAAACAGAGCAAAAAGGAGACUUGUCAUUGGAUGAAUCUAAACUGAAAACACCAGGAAGCAACAAAAAGAACAAAUUGUCAAUAAAAUCUCAGGAAAUAGAACAAACAGGUGAUCUACCUGAGUCAUCACUCAACACUUCAAAAAUAAAAACACCAGGCAGUCAAAAGAAGAAGAAAGUGUCAGAACAUGAAAAAGAAGGUCUUAAUAUCAGCACGCCUGACAGUACAGAGUCCAAAGAAACUAACUCAAACACUUCAACUGGAGAAAGCAAAACAUUAACGACAGAAGUGGAACUUAAUCAUAAUAAAAAUACAAAGAGACGUAAACGAAAAUCAUCUAAUACUCCACCCGAAGAAACUGUUCUCGAAGAUGAAGUUAAUACUCCAAAACAAUUAAACCAAUCCUUGGUUUGUACCCAAAAGAAAAAAAGGAAGGUUUCUCAAAAUGAGAAAACUAUUACCAAUGCGGAUCCUAUCAUGAAUGAAAGCCUAGGUCAAUCUAAAAUUGGUAAAAAGAAGAAAUUGACAAAAGAAACUCCAUCAAACAUUCAAAAUACAGAAGUUAAAGCAAAUAAACGUAAGGAGAGAGAUGAUGAUGAAGAAAAUAAGAUUUCAAAGGUUGCCAAAGAAAACUCGUUUGAUACAGUACACGUGCCACGCUUGCCUACUAGCAUCUUGAAGCAAUUGGAUGAUAAACCUAAACAAAUAUUGACUACUAAAAAGCCCAAAUUAGUUUCCACAACUCAAUUCACAGUAGUCGAGGCAAAAAGGCGGAGGAACAAGCCUUCUAAUUAUUUAGAAGAGAGUAUUUACAUUAAUGACGACGAACCAGAGAACAAAAAACAAAAGAAAGUCCUUCAAAAACCAAAAGUUUUACCUUUUGUACCUACCGUUUUGACUUCAGGAAGUGGUUAUACAACAAACUUUAAAGUAAAUGUAAUACCUACUGAAAUGAAAUUUGUUGCCCAAUCAAAUACAAUCAGUAACUUUAAAGAAGACUUUUUGUUCAACAAAAAUAUUAGAAGGCAUGGCACAUAUGAAUUAUACAAAAGAAAAAGAAACAUUAAAAUAUCCAAAUUCUAAUAAAAAAUAAUUUUUAGAGGAAAUAAAUCCGCUUGACUUUUAGGCUUGACAAAAUAAUACACUCAAUGCCUUAAUAAGAAAGACUGCUUAAUAGUAAAUCGUUUAAAAAAGGUGAUACUUUCAAUAAUAAUGCAUUCUAUUUUAUUGUUACUCUUACUUUUAUGUUUUGUCUUAAACUAUGUGUCGUCUGUAUUAAAGUUAUAAAUUUCCUUUGUUGAUAAUGUGUAAUGGUCUUUUAGAUUAUAAAAAAUAGGUAUUAGAUUAAUUGAAUAUUUUUGUAGAAUUAGUUUUUUUUUUAUUUGUUACUUUUAUGUUUGUCGACAUUUUAUUGUUUCACAUUGUAUUAAGACUUAAUUUUAGAUACUAAUGAACAUUUAUUAUUCCCGCCAUAACUUGUUUCUCUGUAUUUCAUGUUAUUCUAGAUGGCGCUGGAUACUGUACUAAAAUUGGCAUCGCCCAUGUGCCGUGUUUUCGAUUAAAUAUUAAUUUUAAAUUUCGUAACUUAUUAUUUUUACCAAUAAAAAAUAUUUAGAUGAAAAAUAAUUAUUUCUACAUG